GCUCGGGAGGCUUCCGGUUCCAUUUCCGCUUCCGGUGCGGCGGCCGGGCCGGCUGAAGCAAGAGAAGCGGCGGCGGCUCCGGACUCUGCUCCGCUCCCGGACCGCGCUCCUCCCUCUCCCGCUGCCUUCACACCGGACUCCGCCGCCGCCGGGCCUUUUCCCGUGCCAGGUCCUGCCGCUGCCCGGGGCCGAGGCGGCGGCGCUGCCCCCCAUGAGGAUGGAGGCCCGGGAGGCGGCGCGGGCCCGGCCUGGCCCGGCCUUCAAGGGUUUCGGCGCCGAGAGCAAGUUUUUCCUCCCCAAACUCAGCAGCUUCUCCUGCCCUGCUGGGAACUCCUCCUGCUCCCUCAGCUUCACCCCAGAAAUUCCUGAAAGAUUCCCAGGAGCCAACGGGCAGUGGAGGAGCUCCAAGCCCAGGGUGAGCCGAGGCUCCUUCCUGGAGACCCGUAAAAAUUCCAGCGGGAACCCCAGCACUUUUGGGGGAAAAUCCGCCCUCCAUGGAGCCUCCUUCCCCCUGAAGCCGGCCCCGAGCCCCUCCUGGAGCCGCCGCAGCCCCAAGAAGGCCCCGCGGCGCUUCCUGAGCGCGGCCGAGGAGACGGUGCGGGAGGAGGAGCGGGAGAUUUACCGGCAGCUGUUGCAGAUGGUGACCGGGAAGAGAUUCUCCAGCUGCAAACCCUCCCCGCUGCUCCCCUUCCACCUCUCCCGCUGUCCCCGCUCUGGCCCCUCCCUGCCCCAGGAGGCUCCCAGGGAUGAUCCCGAGGCACCGGAAAUUCACAAAAUUCCGGCUCCUGUUCCACAUUCCCCAGAGCCACCCCAGAAUUCCCAAAAUCCCCCCCUGGGCCCCUCUCCAGGGUUUCCUGGGGAGUUCCAGCCCCGGAAUUCCGCGGCCCCACAGCAGCGGGAGGAGGAGCCAGGAGCUGAGGCACAGAGUGAAGGGUCAGAUUCUGUCAUUUUGCUCAAGGUCAAGGAUUCCAGAACUCCAGCUCCAAGCCUCCCCUUUUUCCAGGCCGAGCUAUGGAUCAAAGAGCUGACCAGUGUCUAUGAUUCCCGAGCCAGAGAGAGGUGGAGGCAAAUAGAGGAGCAGAAAGCUUUGGCCCUGCAGCUCCAGAGCCAGCGGCUGCAGGAGCAGGAGCGCUCGGUGCAGGACCUGGUGGAUCUGCACCUGCGCGUGCCCCUGGAGAAGGAGAUCCCGGUGGCCGUGGGGCCCGAGGGCCCCGAGCGCACCCGGCCCGGCCAGGCCGACGACGACUUCCCCGAGAUCACCGAGGAAAUGGAGAAGGAAAUCAAGAGCCUUUUCCGAGGAGGGAACCAGGAUGAGGUGCUGAGCGAGGCUUUCCGCCUGACCAUCACCAGGAAGGACAUCCAGACCCUCAACAACCUCAACUGGCUCAACGACGAGAUUAUAAAUUUCUACAUGAAUUUGCUGAUGGAGAGGAGCAAGGACAAGGAUUUGCCUGCAGUCCAUGCCUUCAACACCUUUUUCUUCACCAAAUUAAAGACUGCAGGGUACCAAGCUGUGAAAAGAUGGACAAAAAAAGUGGAUAUUUUCUCUGUGGAUCUGCUCCUGGUGCCCAUCCACCUGGGAGUGCACUGGUGCCUGGCCGUCGUGGAUUUCAGGAAAAAAACCAUCACCUACUACGAUUCCAUGGGAGGGAUCAACAGUGAGGCCUGCAGGAUCCUGCUGCAGUACCUGAAACAGGAAAGUUUGGAUAAGAAAAGGAAGGAAUUCGAUACCAAUGGAUGGGCCCUGCUGAGCAAGAAGAGCCAGGAGAUCCCGCAGCAGAUGAACGGCAGCGACUGCGGGAUGUUCGCCUGCCGCUACGCCGAGUGCAUCUCCAAGGACAAACCCAUCAACUUCACCCAGCAACACAUGCCCUACUUCCGGAAGAGGAUGGCCUGGGAAAUCCUGCACAGGAAGCUCCUCUGAUGCCAGAAAAAUCCUGAAAUUCCACAGAUUUGGGUCAGAAGAAUCCCAGGAUUCUCCUGGGGACGCAGCCAAGGAACUCCGGGUCCUGCUCCUCCCAAACCCCCCCAGCAUUCAGGGGGAAUAGAAAAGUUUGGAAGCACAGUUGGGAUUCUUUGGAGUUUCUUUCCCUCUUUUUUGAGAUUCCAGGAUGGAUUUUCCCGCUUUUCCGUCUGCUGGGAUGGGGGAAAUUUGGGAAUUUUGGGCUUUUUUUGGAGCUGGAUUUUUGGGAAAAGGGAGGAGCCUCCUUGGAUUUGGGUUGGGAAAAUCUGGAUUUGGGAAAAGCUGGGGAAAGGUUUGGCUCUGGAGGGAAUUUUUGGGGAUCGUUCCCAUUUUUUUUCCACCUCAUUCCCAAAGUUUGUGGAUUUUAUCCAUAGGAGAACUUGGAUUGGAAUCCCUGGGAAUAAUUCCUGCUUAAAUCCUGUUUUUUCUUCCCAAAUUCCCACUUUUGGGUGAUUUUUCCAGGAUUAAGCUUUGGAAUGCCAAAAUUCCUCUGGAUUUACACCCAGACUUCGCUUUUCCAAGGGAUAAAUCCCAAAACCUGAGCAAAAUCUGGGAAUUUUGGUGAAUUUUUGGUAAUUUUCCCUUCCUUUUCAGGCUGCUUCAUCCCAGCAGCUCCUGUUGCUUUUUCCAGUUGCUUUUCCCACUUUUUCCAUGAAAAAAUCCUCCCAAAGCGCAGGAACUGCAGAACCAUGGGAAAAGCCCCAAAAUCCUGGAAUUCCUUCAAAUUUUCCCAAACAAUACCCAGGAUUUAUUUGGGGAGCUUUUCCCACCCCUUUCCCUGGAUUAAUUUAUUCCCAAAUUUUUUGGACCUUCCCAAGCCUCUGGAUUUGCUCUUCCUGGUGGAAAAGAUGAUUUUUAAUAAGAAAAGUGGGGGAAAAUCCCAAGUUUUUGUAUUUUCCCUCUCCUGCAGGAGCUGGGAAUUUUUUCUAUUUUUCCCGAGCUGGGAGAUGAAGUUUUGUACCAAAUUCCCGAAUUUUUGGAGCCCCUUUUCCCAGUUUUUUCCAGCCCUUCGUGUCCCUUUGGAUCCCAAACUCCCUCCCCUGUUUUAUACCAGAUUCAUUUCCUACUUUUUUUAUCUUUUAAUGAAAUUAAAGAUCUAAAAAAAAAAAAAACAAA